CUCUCUCUCUCUCCCAGAGAGACGGUGAGACAGAGAGUGAUACAUGGAGUGGGAUGUGGAGAGACGACGAACCAAAGGCAGUGCUUAACAUAGCCGACAGUUUACUGCCUGUACACUCGGUAGGAACUGGAAGUUCAUCUUUAUUCAGUUCGAGAGUCCUAUACAAUUGGCAAGAUGGCGCACCACACACUGACGACAAUAUUGGUCAUUCUGGCUUUAACACACGCCUCUUUGGCAUUUUCUUUUCGUGGCCUAGACAAGCGCGCUUGUUCUGACUCGAUGGCGUGCUUGGUUCGAGUCCCGAUGUUGGUCGACCUGAUAGAGAAAGAUUUUGCAGGGGCGCUCCUGCCACUGACCUACGAGCCAGUCCUAGACUUCCUGUGCGGACAACGGGAGAACAUCACGGGCUGUCUGACGGACGUCCACUGUGAGGAAACAGAGCACAAGUACACUGGAGGGGCGGUCCUUGAGCUGCUGGAUUAUGCCUGCAACAGUGGCAGGGCUGAUCUGUUGGAAGAGAGGGCCUGCAUCUCCCGAGACGACUUCGAGGAAGGAAUCCUGCAGUGUGCUGGGAUAUUGAGAAUAGAGAGCGACCUCACCUUGACACAGAAGCUGGCCUGGCUGGGGGACAACUCUUGCCAGACAAUUGAUAACAUGUACAAGUGUGUAGAGACGAGCACAGAGCAUGUGUGUUCCGGCCGUGCCGCUCGACUCAUGGGCCAGAUUUACAGAACGAUCAUGAGAGAAGUAGCCCAGGACGCGGAGUGUGAGCAGGACCACUUCUGAUGUGUCCACCGGCUCGAAGAUCCGAGAAUAUACAGCAAAUUUUAACGUUUAACGCUGUGACGAGAUAUAUAAGAUAAGAUAAGAUAAGAUAAGAU